AGUAGUCACGAUUUGAUUGAAAAUGAUCCGCGAUUAAGUAAAGAACUUGCCGUAAAAGAAUUUGAAACUCUUCCCUCAGCGGAAGAUCAUAAAAAGUCAAAACCAAUAGAAAAACCACAGGAAAUAACUAAAGAUGACGAGGAUCAUAGUGAAGAUGAUUCUGUUGCAUUUGACCGUAAAAUGAAAGAUAACGUGCGGAAACUUCAGGAAUCAGCAUACAAAGGAAACAAUCAAGAAGAAAAAUUAUCCAAGACGGAUAUCAUACGGAAAGAAAUUGAGCAAGUAAAACAAGACAUUAAAAAACUCGAUCGAUCAAAGAACUCUGAUGAUGAAGGCGAACCGGUUAAAAAGAAAAUAAAAGUUUCAUAUGUAGAAGUUCAAAGAAAAAAAUAUUUAUCGUCUGGGAAAGCUCUCACGGCUAGAAGAAAAAAAGGAAAUGAAGCGGAGACGUUGGAGAAGCUGAAAUCAUUUCAAUCAAAACUUAUGGUAGCAGAACCUACAGAGGAUACGCCGAUAUCAAUAGAUGAAGAUGCCGAGUUAUGUAUGCUUCAUUCGGUUCCCAAUUGCCUUUCAUGUCGAGAUACAUUUGGACAACCAGGUAAAGAAGACACAGAUGAAGGGUGGCUAUCUCAUCGUCUAAUUUUUGAAAAAGACUACAAAGGUAAAGAUUUAAUGCAAAGGAGAGAUGAUCCAAAUGACUAUGUGGUUAUCGAUCCUUUGGAACGUAAAAAACAAGCCAUUGAGCAAGAAAAGGAGAAACGAGCACAAAAGGGUAAAAUAAGUGAGGUGUUCUUGAAAGACACUAAGAGAGAUAGGGACAUACGUACGGAAAAACAUAAUGAUUCUCGAGACAGUCAUAAUAGUGAUGUGGGCAGAGAUUCCCACAAAUAUAGUAAAUAUGAGAGCGAUAAACAUAAGGAUAGAUUUAAAGAAGUUAGAAUGUAUAAAUAUUUCUAA